AUGUGGAUUUUCAGGGUGAAGCGGCCGUCAGGCACUCCGCCUGUCUUCAAGGCGCGUUACGUGGCUCGAGGCUUCAGUCAGCGGCAGGGAGUUGACUACUUUCAAACCUUCUCUCCCACCCCGAAGAUGACCACUCUUUGGGUGCUGCUGCACAUAGCCGCUCAGCGCGAUUACGAGCUUCACUCUCUUGACUUCAGCACAGCUUUCCUGCAGGGCAGCCUCCAUGAGGAGAUCUGGCUGCGCCGCCCUCCUGGCUUCACUGGGUCGUUUCCUCCUGGUACCCAGUGGAGCCUCCGGCGGCCAGUCUACGGUCUCCAUCAGGCGCCCCGUGAGUGGCACGACACACUGAGGACUACGCUUGCGGCUCUUGGGUUUGCUCCUUCUACAGCCGACCCGUCGCUGUUUCUGCGCAUCGACACCUCUCUGCCGCCAUUCUACAUCCUCGUGUACGUCGACGACUUGGUAUUUGCCACUGCUGACACUGCUGGACUCGCCCACGUGAAGUCCAAGCUGCAGAAGAGACACACGUGCAUAGACCUGGAGCACAUGGCUGCAGCGAAGAGGGUGUUGCGCUACGUGUGCAGUACGUCGGGCAUGGGGCUAGUGCUUGGAGGGCGACUUCGAGUGGUCCUCACAGGUCACGCUGACCCUUCUUGGGCUGACGACUAG